UACACGAUUCAGUUAAUUAACUAGCUAGACAUGGCACUGAUCAUGAGAAAGUUGUCAUUGCUGGCUUUCCUUCUAUUUGGAGCAUUGGCUGUUGCCACUUCCGCAUCCCGCAUUCUACCUGAUGGGACAUCAUCAAUGGUGAAACGCCACGAACAGUGGAUGGCGCAGUACGGGAAGGUGUAUAGAAAUGCAACUGAAAAGGCGCAACGGUUCGAGAUCUUUAAGUCCAACAUGGAGCACAUAGAGAGCUUUAAUGCCGGGAAACACAAGUACUGGCUUGGACACAAUCAGUUCACAGACCUGACCAAUGAGGAGUUCAAUGCUAUUUACCUCUCUGGAUACAAGCGCUCGACCUCAUCUCGUGUGAUACCUAGAAACUUUAGGUAUGAGAAUGUGUCGGUAGAAGCAACUAACUUAGAUUGGAGGAGUAUGGGAGCCGUCACUCCUAUAAAGGAUCAAGGCCAAUGUGGAGCAUGUUGGGCAUUCUCGACGGUGGCAGCCACUGAGGGCAUCAACCAAAUCAAGAAUGGGAAUCUGAUUUCCCUCUCGGAACAAGAGCUUGUUGAUUGUGAUGUGAAUGGCCAGAACCAGGGUUGCAAUGGGGGCUUCGUGGAUGGUGCUUUUCAAUUCAUCAUCGACAAUGGAGGCAUAACCACUGAGAUCAACUACCCAUACAAUGCAGCCGAUGGUUCCUGUAACUCAAAUAUGGAGUCCGACAGUGCUGUGACAAUCUCCGGUUUUGAGGAUGUUCCAAGUAACAGCGAGGCAUCACUGCAUAAAGCUGUCUCUAUUCAGCCAGUCUCUGUGAUUAUCGAUGGUGGCGACCCCAACUUCCAGCACUAUGCAGGUGGCAUCUUCACUGGCCCUUGUGAUACCGAACUCGACCAUGCAGUAACUGCCAUCGGCUAUGGCAUCGACACAGAUGGAACCAAGUACUGGCUGGUUAAGAACUCAUGGGGUACUAGCUGGGGUGAUGAUGGCUACAUUAAGAUGCAAAGGGACAUUGAUGCUGUCGAAGGACUCUGUGGAAUUGCCAUGCAGCCUUCUUACCCGACUAUCAAUUAAUUAUUUUAUCAACAAACAUGCAUACAGUGUUGCGUCAUUUGGAAGGGAGGAGAAAUUAGUAAAUCAAAAUACUUGAUCUAUGCAUCCAUCUAUGUCCAAUUACAAUCAUGUACUUUUAUAUGAUCACUUAUCGAACUUUUACUAUAUAUAUUUUAUGAAGUCUCUUAUGUAUCCAGCUAGUAGUUUGUUCACUCUUAUGUAUCCUGUUUGAUUUAGAAUAUUAAUUAUGUUUGUCGAGCA